AUUUAAUAAUUUGUUCCUGCUCACAGUCUACUUCGGUGAUCUUCAAGAAGAUUAACAAAAAUGGAUUCCCAUGGUCAAUCUCAAAGCUACAAAGCUGGUGAAACCAAAGGCCGCACUCAGGAAAAGACGGAACAUGCAAUGGACGCAGUGAAGGAUAAAGCUAGCCAAGCAAAGGACAAGGCGUCAGAGACUGCUCAGGCUGCCCGAGGCCAUGCUCAACAGACAAAGGACAGUACCGCGCAAAAGACAUCUGACACUGCCCAGGCUGCCAAAGAACGUGCUGGCGAGGCGAAAGACAGUACUGGCAGUUACUUGCAAGAGAAAACUGGAGCUGCGAAAGAGAAGGCUUCGGAUGCCGCUCAGUAUGCCAAAGAAACUACCCAAGCUGGUGCGCAAAAGACUGGUGUACUUUCGGUAUGGCUGGUGCCGGUGAUGAUCCCACAGCUGAUAGGGAUUAGAAUCCGGUAAAAAACAAUCUACUCUAUUUAUGUCAUUGGGGCUUUUGUGUUGUGUUUGUAUUUCUGUUAUCCUCGCAUCUGCUCAUUUUGAGCAUGUUAUGUUUGUGUCGAGUAGUUUUAGUAAUGGAGCCUAGUUAGGGAGCUGUUUGUUUAUGUUAACAG